AUUUGACAGUCGGCAAUGGCACGUUAACGCAGCUUUUAAUUAAGGUUAAGUUUUUGAUUGAUUGAAUAAUUCUCGUGAAUAUAUGUUAAGUUUCUUAAAUAUUUGAUGAUGUAGCCGACGGUUCAAUGCUUUCAAAACAUUCCAUUCAACUCAUAACCUGACCUUCAGUUUGGAAAAUAUCAAUGUACUGGACAUUAGUUGAAUAAUCAUUUAAUUUGCGCAAAAUCAAAGAUUAUCUCGUUUAAAAAACACAUUCGUGUAACAGUUAUAGUCGAGUGUCGUGGUUGUGUUCGCGUAAAUAAAACAUGGGUCUUUUGACUGAAGGUAGUCCGCUUUCAUGGGAAGAAACAAAAAAAUAUGCUCAACACGUACGCGAACAUGGUAUAAUUCAAUUUAUAAAUUUAUAUAAACGUUUGAGAGAUCGCGAAGGUGACGUACUUAAAUGGGGCGAUGAAGUAGAAUAUAUUAUAGUUAAAUUUUUCGACGAUAAAAAACAGGCGAAAGUUUGUUUACGAAGUACUGAAUUACUUACAAUACUUAAUCAAAAAGAAAUUGAUGAUCCUACUGGUGUUAAAUCCCUAUGGAGGCCUGAAUUCGGUGCUUACAUGAUAGAAGGUACUCCAGGACAACCUUAUGGGGGUCUAUUAGCACAUUUUAACAUUGUAGAAGCCAAUAUGAGAAAUAGAAGAAAGGAAGUUACAGAAUUACUAAAUCCUGAUGAAACUAUUAUGAGUAUAACAAGCUUUCCAAGAUUAGGUUGCGAUGAUUUUACUUAUCCCUCCACAACACCGACUCCCGAUAGGGGAGCCACUAGAUCGCUAUUUUUCCCAGACGAAGCCAUUUAUCCCGGUCAUCCGAGGUUUAUAAAUUUAUCCAGAAAUAUAAGGAUGAGAAGGGGGGAAAAUGUAGCGAUAAAUCUACCAAUUUACAGAGAUAAAAAUACAAAAAUUCCAAUAGACGAUUCUUACAAACGUAGUAAAGCGGCUUUGCCGGAUCACGUCUAUUUAGACGCUAUGGGAUUCGGAAUGGGAUGCUGUUGUUUACAAUUAACUUUCCAAGCUUGUAAUAUCACCGAAGCCAGAACUUUAUACGACCAGUUAACACCGUUAUGUCCCAUUAUGUUGGCUUUCACGGCGGCGUCGCCGUUACAUCGAGGUUUCAUAACAGACAUCGAUUGUCGUUGGAACGUUAUAUCGGGCUCGGUCGAUUGUCGAACGGAAGAAGAAAGGGGAUUGAAACCGUUGAAAGAAAAUAAAUUCGUUAUAAAAAAAUCUCGAUACGAUUCGAUCGAUAGUUAUUUAUCACCUCAAGGUGAAAAAUACAACGACAUACCGCUUUUGUACAAUGAGGAUGAUUAUAAAAAGUUAAUCGAUAACGGUAUAGAUCCGUUAUUGGCUGGUCAUAUCGCCCAUCUCUUUAUUAGAGAUACGGUAUCGUUAUUCUCCGAGAAGAUUUAUCAGAACGAUGACGAAGAUACUGAUCAUUUUGAGAAUAUUCAAUCUACGAAUUGGCAAACGAUGAGAUUUAAACCGCCACCACCGAAUUCAACGAUCGGAUGGAGGGUCGAAUUUAGGCCGUGUGAAGCUCAAAUUACCGAUUUUGAAAAUGCGGCGAUCGUGUGUUUCGUCGUGUUGCUAACAAGAGUUAUUUUAUCGUAUCAAUUGAAUUUCUUGAUACCUAUUAGCAAGGUGGAUGAAAAUAUGCAAAAUGCUCAGAAGAGGAACGCUGCUAGGGAAGAAAAAUUUUGGUUUAGGAGAGAUAUUACGACGCACGUGAGUCCACCGGAGGCGAACGAGUGUUGUAAAUCGGGAACGAAUACUGACUGUGAUAUGUUUGUUCAGAUGACUAUUAAUGAAAUUUUUAAUGGAAAAGAAGGGGAAUUUCCCGGGCUCAUACCUUUGAUAAAUAAAUAUUUGAGUAGUAUGGACGUCGAUGCCGAUACUCAUUGUACUAUUCAACAAUAUAUGAAGUUCAUACAGAGGCGGGCUUCGGGUGAAAUACUGACGACAGCGUCGUGGAUUAGAAAAUUUGUCACAGAACAUCCGGAUUACAAGCAGGAUUCCGUAGUAACUGAAUUAAUAAACUUCGAUCUUUUGAAGAAUAUCAAAGACAUUCAGUUCGGUCGAAAGUACUGUCCGCUCCUCCUCGGCACUAGUACUAUGUCCAAGACAAAGGAAAGUGUACCUAAAGCGUUCUCGAAAUAGUGUUCAAUUUAUAUAAGACGUAAUAAAUUGGCAAUUGAGAAUAAAAAAAAACGAUUAUUGUGAUUGAUACAUCAUUAAACUUUUACAUUUUUUUUAUGAAUCACCGUGUAUAUCGAGAAUAAACAACUAAUUAUCAAUCCAAUUGUUUUGGACACCCUGUAGGUGUGAUGUGAAGUUUUCAAUUGCCAAUUUAACGAAUGUUUUUAUUGUUGAUUGUAGUAAAAUGUUUUUUUUUGUUAUUUAAUAUACGACAGAUGUAUUUUAGUAAAAAAAAUUGAAUUUUGCAGUAUUUUACAUUAACUGGGCAUUUAAGAAAUUUUUACAUAUUUAUAAUUUUGUUGAUUAGAGUUAUUCUUGCUAAAAA